UCUAAGAAUGGCCUCCCUGAGCUCCAGCCUCUGGAAUGAAACCACUACAUCUGUUUAUCAGUACCUUGGCUUUCAAGUUCAAAAAAUUUACCCUUUCCAUGAUAACUGGAACACUGCGUGCUUUGUCAUUCUGCUUUUAUUUAUAUUUACAGUGGUAUCUUUAGUGGUGCUGGCUUUCCUUUAUGAAGUUCUUGACUGCUGCUGUUGCGUGAAAAACAAAACUGUGAAAGACAUGAAAAGCGAACCUAACCCUCUUAGAAGUAUGAUGGACAACAUCAGAAAACGUGAAAUUGAAGUGGUCUAG